AUGGCCAAAUAUACUGAAGAGCAAUUGUACGAAAUUAAGGAAGAGGCAUACACCCCUCAGCCAGAUGUUUUAGAUGCGUUUAAUAAGAUGGUUGACCAUGUCAAAGAACAUGCAGCAGCCGAAUUCGAAAAGCACAAAAACCUUAAAUGGAGCAAUGGAGACACUUAUAUCGAUGAGAAUGGUAACGAAAGACCAUACCACCACAUGAACAAAAGAAGAGGGUCUCGUUCGGGUAACAAGCCUAAUUUAAGAAAGAAGAGCACUGAUGGCAUCAAGGUUGAUGACGAUGGAUGGGCCACUUUAACCAAGCCAAAGAAGUCAUUUGGCGCUGAAGACGGUGUCGAGGAAAGAAACAAAUUUAGAGAGAGUGUCAAGGAUAUCAAAGUUAAGCCAAACAACAAGAACUUGGGUUCUUCUAAAGCAGUGGAUCCAAGAGAUGCUAUUGCUGAGAAGCACACUAACACAUUCAAUGCAUUUGAAGCUUUAGGUGACGGAGAUGACAGUGACGACGAAUAA